CUCUGGCUGCUGAUCAGAGAAACUGCACUUUACUUGCAGAGUGCCCAGCUAACAACACCUGCAGUGACUUGUGUGCCAUGGUACUGGGACAGAGCAUCUGCUCCUGCAGAAAUAACUUCUACAAACUCUCCUCUGAUAACCAGACUUGUGUUGAUGUGGAUGAGUGCACUGACAGCUACCCAUGUGUUGGGAACAGCAGUACAUGCUUAAAUACCAAUGGUGGCUUCUCCUGCAACUGUACCAAUGACUACAUACUUGGAGCUGACAAGUUGACUUGUGCUGAUCGUAACGGUGGUCUUACUAGCUGGACUAGCUGGGGAAGCUGCAGUGUCACGUGUGGUGGUGGAACCCAGUCCCGCACUCGUUCCUGCACCAACCCAACUCAAGCUGGCAAUGGCCUUCCAUGCAGCGGACUGACCAGUGAGACUCAACAGUGUAAUACGGACUCUUGUCCAUGUAAGUGUGCUAAUUGUUAA